AUGAACAUUUUCAAUCAGAUAUUAGCAGGUGGAAAUGCAGGUGACCAUCAUAACAUACGAAGAAUCGUGGGCAAUUUUAGGUUAAGCGUCAACUACCAACUUUGCUUGUCAAAUUGUCCAGAGAAUCCAGCGAAACGCAUAUUACUCAGCGGGCAAAAGGCAUGGAAUAUUAUCUGCUCCGACUUCAGGAACGAUUCUGAUUUUCGCAAACACAUUAUCCCAUGUUGGUCGAAACAGGGUAUGGUGCUGACGGAUUACUGCACCUCAUUGGCACGGACUCUUCACGCAGAGAUCAUACAGCUUAUGGAAGGUGGCGUAGACAAUCUGAAGCAGGGUAUGGACUCACUAUGCAGAAGCGUUCAUUCAUACGACAGCUGCUUCAUAAUGAAAAGCCAUGAAGUGUGUGGAGUGAAAGCUGCAAAAUUUUUAGUCAGGUUGACUCACCAAACAUCACACGCUCUUGUUGAACUGUUGGAUGAAGUUCUUGGUGUAAAAGAUUUACCCAGAAGUUGUCUUGAUUGGUUGGUUCACAAUUAUGCAUCAGAAUCGAGUCCAAGAGGUAUUGCGAAGCGCAUGAAGGCAGUUGGAGAAGCUUCACCGUUGUUGUCCCUUUUUGUUUUGUUCUUCGCAAACUCCAUUUUUCUGCGCUGA